GUCUUAGUUGGAGUGGGGCUUUUGUAGCGAAGACAGAGCCGUUAUGGAGCAGAUUCACAACGGGGGCGUUUCCAAAUGUAAAAAAACAACCCGCUCACUUGUCACGUGAGGUUUGUUUACUUCCGCCCGAACCUUAACUGCACGUGCUGUGAAAGCCAUGAUUGCCCCCGACUCCUUCAAACCCUUCACCCCAGAGGAGACCCAGAGGAUUCUGCAUCACCUGCAGCAGCCUGCGGUCUUCAUGAACAUGACGUGUGGCUGGCCUGUUCUCCACUGGACUGCAGAGCACCUGUCUGAAUGCCUCGGGGACAAACUGGUGCGGUUCAGACUUGGAAGAAAAGACGAGACAAAAACUCCUCUCUUUGAAACCCAGUGUUCCUAUGUGGAGGCCAAACUGGAGCACUUUCUCAACUGGACCCGGGACCAUGCUGGGAGAGAUGUAGGGCCUUUCUGUGAAUACCCAGUCUCAGCGUAUUGGGCUUACGCUGACUAUAAGUACAUCGCCAUGUUGUUUCAGGAUCAGCCUUCAAUGUUUGAGGACGUGAAGUGGUCCGAGUUUGGUUUUGAGGGACGUGAUGGGAAAGAGAGCACCUUGUGGAUCGGCACACAGGGGGCCAACACGCCCUGCCACCUGGACUCUUACGGCUGCAACCUGGUGUUGCAGGUACACGGACGGAAGCGUUGGCACCUCUUUCCUCCUGAGGACACAGUUCACCUGUACCCCACCAGGAUCCCUUAUGAGGAGUCCAGCGUCUUCAGCCAGGUGGACGUCCUCCAUCCAGACCCGCAGAGGUUCCCCGCAUUUCAGGGAGCCAGGGCCCAUGUCGUCACUCUGCAGCCAGGGCAGGUGCUCUAUGUCCCCAGACACUGGUGGCACUACGUUGAGUCUGUGGAUCCCAUCACCGUCAGCGUCAACUCCUGGAUUGAGCUGGAGGUGGAUCACAUCGCAAGAGUCAGUGAAGCUGUGACCAAGGCUGUUGUCUGUGCUCUGAAAAGUGCACCAAGUGAUGACAACACCGACGACUGGCUCAAUCCAACUGAGGAAGGAGUAGGAUCCCAUGAUGAGAACAUGCAGUAUCUAAACCUGGCAGUGAGAAGUUCUGCUCAACAACAGAGGGGCCUCUGCCACCGCGAACACACCCAGAAUGAGAGAGACACACGUCCGGUCAAGAGGGACUCCAGAGGAGAAAUAAGGACACGCUGUGAUAUGAGAGGGGAGUCUGUGCCUUUUAGAGUUCCCUUUGGACCACAUCUGAUCCCUGUGCACUGUCAGCAGGAGGACCCGCCAGAAACGAGGGGGCUGACAACUGAAGAUGUCAAACCGUCCAGGGACUGUGAAGUCAAAUCUCUGGAGGACUGCACUGCCAGAUCAAAUGCACUACAGAGAACAGAGCUUGCAUCUGCAGUCAACCCAAGUAUAACUCAAUGUAGACAAUGUGAGAGUGCAGAUACAAAGUCCCAGAACAGUUCAGAGGAUUAUGAGGAACCAACAGACACGACAAUAACCACUAAUGACCUGUUAGAGUGCCUGGUGCAUCCUGAUGUCAUUGCCCUUGUUACAGGGCUUUUGCUGGAAAGGCACACAGGAAGUUCCAGGACCUCUGCACCAUCUUCGCUUUGUAAUUCCCCAUCUUUAAGUAACAUGUAACGAGUCUGAAGAAGAAGAACACCUCCUCGCUCUACUAGGUAAUGGUGCUGGCUUCUAGAGAUACUCAAAUGCUUGAACUGAAAGAAUCUGAACGGAGCUGUUUUUGUUUU